GGUAUUUAAUUACCCAAGUAUAACAAGGAAGUCGUUAGCUAACCCCGAAAUAAUGAAGCACCUUUGUACGAGGUGCAAAGGGCUCGAACUAGACGACAAAGCCUUAGGCGGCCGCAAAAUACUGAACGAUGAUGGGGAGGGGAGCCUCGAGUUACCGCUCGAGCAACCCGACAUUGACGGAGAAGGAAAUAUUCCGUUGGAUUACCAACUUCUCGACAAUUCUCCCGAAUUUCCAAAGCUGGCCGCGGCUUCUCGGGCAGGAUGCGACUUUUGCAGAAUACUGAAAGAUGCGAUUGUCAAGUUCGUAAAGUUCGAGGGAGAACAGGUGUUCGAUAUCUCAAUGGAGUACCGAUGGAGUCAAAGUCGAGAUGCGAAGCUCGGGUUGACGGGCUUAUUUGCAACACUAAAAUUGGCAGAUCGUGAUGUUGCGCUUCGGUAUGCGGACUCAAAUAGACAGCAGUCACUACGAUUUCUCAUUGACGGCGAGCCUGGGAUAUGUUCUCAGUGGCUUAAUCUCAGGCCGCCUCUCAUUGCCCAUGCAUUGCACCCUAACAAUCUCUCCAUGAUAGAGGAACAGCUCGACCAGUGCGAGAAGAAGCAUAAACACCACAUUGGCAGUCAAUCCCGUUUUCUACCAACUCGACUUAUUGAAAUUGGAAAUCAAAAUUCCCAACCCGAGUUUCGCCUUGUGUUGACAGACUCUCGUAUGAAAAGGAAAGCGCCUCGAUAUGUUGCCCUGAGCUAUUGCUGGGGGUCUCGUAGUGAUUCAGCGACACAAUUCAAGACAGAAAAGAUGACGCUCGCGGACAGAAUUUCUGGGUUUUCGUUCGACGCAAUGACCCGGGUUAUGCGCGAUGCUGUCACUGUAGCAAGAGCGCUAUCUAUCUCAUACAUAUGGAUCGACGCCCUCUGCAUUGUCCAAGACGAUCGGGCUGAUUGGGAACGGGAAUCAGCCACUAUGGCAGACGUCUACCGCCAAGCGUACAUCACAAUAUGCACGCCAGGAUCCUCCUCCUGCCACCAAGGCUUUCUCGAUCGCAAGCCAAAAAGCAUCGCCUUUCCUUUUGAGUCCACCAUCGAUCCAGAGGUAAAGGGUUCAUAUAAUAUACGCAUAGGUGGACGCGCAACACCGUCCAACUCCAUCGCCGAGGGUAUGGACUUUACAUACGAUGAGUUAAUCCACGACCAUUCAUCAUGGAGUCAACGCGCCUGGACAUUCCAAGAAGGCGUGCUCUCGACACGGACCCUGCACUUCGGGUCAUUCGAGCUUUCGUACCAAUGCCCAGAUCGCGUCCGGUCGGAAGCAGGUCAUUCUUCCUAUCCCAUUGAAACCGACAUCGGAAUAUUCGACGACCUUUCCAACGCCCCGGCCCGCCACGCCAUGUGGAAUGAGCUUAUGAGCCAGUACACGCCCCGCCACCUAACCCACGAGACGGACAGGCUCCCCGCCAUCUCCGGUCUUGCCCGGAUUAUGGGCCAUGGUCCCAAGGACUACUACGCGGGACUCUGGAGACAGAGUCUAGUAGUUGAUCUCUGUUGGAUUAGACACGUAGAUGACAUUGGUCCAACUGACACUAAAGAUGAAAUCCUACGCCUCCUCGAUGCUAAGCAACCAUAUGUCGCUCCGUCUUGGAGCUGGGCUGUGCGGAGGCAAUCAUUCGAGCACCUAAUUGAUAUAAAUGAUUACAGGGACGAAACGCGGUCGGUCGUCGCAUCUACAACGCCGCAAGGGUUAGAUCCAUUUGGACAGAUCAAAGGCAGCUCGCUUACGAUACGCGGGAUUGUUGUGCCCUUGCCUUCAAACAUCGUCCAUGAUCCACCGCCUGGGGCUCGGCGUUCGUUAUUCCACUUCAAGUAUGUCUACGAAAAAGACAAGAGGAUAGCGCAAGUAAGUUUAGAUUGGUGGGUGCAGGACCCCGAGGAUAGAACGGAGUUAUCGAUGUUACUACUUACAAGUCAUCUUUACCCCUUUGAAGGCGUGCACCGUCGAGUCCGAGUAGGGUUCGGUAUUAUAUUGCAUCCCAGCAGCACUCCGGGGCGGUAUGUUAGGGUCGGCGCUUUCACGACAGAUAGGCACGGCUUCGGGCUAUUCCAGCGCUCAAGUUAUCAGACUGUCAAAAUAUUAUGAUAUGCUUUCUUUUUGCCACGAAAUAACGUCGAAUGGCAUGCUGUGCCGAGCGUAUAACUCGGCGUAAUUAUCUAAUCAUACACACCAACAUAAGU